UUUCCCAGCUCUACUGGACGUUCGAAAAAGAAAAGGUUGUGAUCUAGCGUAGUUUUGUAUUGAUUUCAUUUGGAUUUGGAUUGGAAAUUACCGCCGGAGCUGCGGUUUGGCGACGUUAUCUGCGGCAUUUCGUUGGCGUGGCGUGAGCACGCAACCACACACACACACGCACGCACUGAACGAGAGAGCGACAGGCACUGGCCCACUGGAGACUGGACAAUCCAAUCCACAAUCGACACUCCGCCAGAGAACACUCGACGUCCAGAGCAGCUUGGGAACUUUGAAUUUAACCGGAAUCAUGGCGUGGCGCUUCAAGGCUUCCAAGUACAAAAAUGCCGCACCCAUUGUGCCCAAGGCGGAGGCCUGCGUCCGCGAGAUCUGCGUGGGCAGCUAUCAGACUUAUGGCAACAAUAUCGCCGCCUCGGCCGCCUUUAUGGCCUUUAACUGGGAGCAUACCGGUAGCAGUGUGGCUGUCCUGCCGCUGGAUGAUUGCGGACGCAAGAGCAAGACAAUGCCGCUGCUCCAUGGCCAUACGGACACAGUGACAGAUCUCAAGUUUUCGCCGUUCCAUGAUGGUCUGCUGGCCACCGCUUCGCAGGAUUGCCUGGUCAAGAUCUGGCACAUUCCCGAAAAGGGCCUGGAACAGUCGCUCUCCGAUCCGGAGGCCGUCUUCUCACACAAGCAGCGACGCGUGGAAACCGUGGGCUUUCAUCCCACGGCCGAUGGCCUGAUGUACUCCACAGCCGCCGGCUGUGUGGCCCUCUUCGAUCUCAGCACCCAAAAGGAGAUCUUCUCAAACAAUGAACAUCCCGAGGUGAUUCAAUCCGCCAGCUGGCGCGAAGAUGGCUCCGUUUUGGCCACCAGCUGCAAGGACAAAUGCGUGCGUAUCUUUGAUCCCAGGGCCACCACCGGUUCGCCCAUACAAAUGACCGCUGAAUCGCAUCAGAGCAUCAAGGAUUCGCGUGUCGUCUGGCUGGGCAAUCAGACGCGCAUCCUAACCACCGGUUUCGAUGCGGCCCGCCUGCGUCAGGUGAUCAUCCGUGAUAUACGCAACUUUGGGAUACCGGAGAAAACCCUAGAAUUGGACUGCUCCACGGGCGUACUGAUGCCGCUAUUCGAUGCGGAUACCAAUAUGUUAUUCCUGGCCGGAAAGGGUGACACGACCAUCAAUUAUCUGGAGGUUACAGACAAGGAUCCGUACUUCAUUGAGGGUCUGCGUCACACCGGCGAGCAAACAAAGGGCGCUUGUUUGGUGCCAAAGCGAGCACUCAAAGUGAUGGAGGCGGAGGUGAAUCGUGUGCUGCAGCUGACCUCCAAUAUGGUCAUACCCAUUAUGUAUCAAGUGCCACGAAAGACAUACCGUGAUUUCCAUGCCGACUUGUAUCCAGAGACCAUGGGCUAUAAGACGGAACUGGUGGCCGGCGAGUGGCUGAAUGGCAGCAAUCAGGCAGUGCCCAAGAUGAGCCUGGAUCCUGCCAAGCGUGAACAUGGCGAUGAGCCAAUUAUUAUCCAUCGUGGAAAUCUCAGUGACUUGGUUAAGAAUCUGGAGAAUCAACGCUCCAAGGGCUCCACAAAGCCAAUGGCCAAGCGCAAUGACAACGAGCACUUUGUGAUGCUCAGUAAGGGCAACAAUUUUGAGGAGAAGAACGGCAACGAUAACAGCAAUCAGAGCAAUCAGAGCAAUGGCAAGAAGGUUGCUCAAUCCCAGCCCGAUGGCGAGUGCAGUGAGCUCAUACGCAAGUUUGAGGCCAAAUAUAAGGUGGAUUCCGAGAAGGAGAAGGCUCAGUCACAGUCCCAAUCCCAGGAGGAUGAUAAGGAAUCGCCCACCGAGCAUGAACAUUCGACUGGCAGCAGCGAGGAGGUAUCCUCAUCGGCGGCCAGCGGCAGCCAUUCGCCGCCCAAGCCCAUGCCACGCACAUCGCGCAAUAAUUCCCUGCCGGAGGCAGCCAGCGAUUCCGCUGGGGAGAACAACAGCGGCAGCGGCAGUGGCAGUGGCACACCACGCCCCAGGCCACGCACCACGGCAGCAGGGUCCUAUAAGCCACGCCUGGGACCCAAGCCCUUCUCCAGCACCUCGGGGGAUGUGUCAUUCGACAAGGUCUUUGCCGUGCCUCUGGCCCCCGGCUCCCAUGAGAAUAUAUCCAGCGUGGGCCAGGACAAUAGCAGUGGCGGUGGCCUGGAAAUAAUACCAACUGAGGGUGGUCCCAAACCGGAUUUAAUAGUGAAUAUUGAGAUUAAGGCCAGGGCACCACCACCAGCAGCAGCCACAGGCAAUGGCGUGCAGGUAUCGCUGACCACUUCAGAGCGACGCAAGUCCUCGGCCGACGAUGAUGAAUCAUCCGACAAGAUUUUCGAGCAAAACUCCGAAUCUUCUGGCAAUUCCACGGAGGGCGAGGAGCGGGUGGAUGGCAACCUGCAGAGGGCCACCUCCACCAGAAGCAGCAUUGCUGAGCGGCGUCGCCUGUACGAGAGCCGUUCCAAGAGCCAGGUGGACGAGAAGGCCCAGUCGCCAGUGCCAUUGCGUCGCGAACACUCCAAGGUGGAGCCCCUGAAGGUCAACAGUUUGCAGCCGCUCCAAGGCAACAAUGCCAUUGAUCCCAAGCGCAUCUCAGUGCCGGAGGGCAAGCUAAUGGAGGAACAUCGACGCGGCAAUGGCUCUGCCUCGGCCUUGGGUCUCAAGAAAUCCGCCACGGAGGCCACAUUCACCAAGCGCACCUCCACGGUCUUUGGCAAGGUGUCCAAGUUUCGGCAUUUGAAGGGCACACCCGGCCACAAGUCGACGCACAUUGAGAAUUUACGGAAUUUGAGUCGCCAGAUACCGGGCGAAUGCAAUGGUUUCCAUGCCAACCAAGAGCGUGUGGCUGUCCCACUCUCUGGGCCCGGCGGUAAGAUAGCCAUCUUUGAGUUGAGCCGGCCAGGCAGGCUGAUGGAUGGGGUUAUACCCUCGCUGGUGAAUGGCAGCAACAUCAUGGACUUCCAGUGGGAUCCCUUUGAUGCCCAACGCCUGGCCGUGGCCUGUGACGAUGGCAUUGUGAAGCUCUGGCAUAUUGAUGCUGGGGGUUUGAGUGAGCCAACCAAUACGCCAGCUGGCGAGCUGACGGCCCACCUGGACAAGAUCUAUUUUAUACGCUUCCAUCCGUUGGCCGCCGAUGUUUUGUUGACGGCCAGCUAUGACAUGACCAUCAAGCUGUGGGACUUGGUCACGCUCAGCGAGAAGUGCUCGCUCUCGGGUCACACCGAUCAGAUCUUUGACUUUGCCUGGAGUCCCUGCGGUCGUCUGGGGGCCACCGUUUGCAAGGAUGGCAAGAUUAGGGUCUACAAUCCACGCAAAUCGGAAACGCCCAUUAGAGAGGGCAAUGGACCGGUGGGUUCGCGUGGAGCCCGCAUCACCUGGGCUUUGGAUGGACAGUAUAUUGUCUGCACGGGCUUUGACAAAGUUUCGGAGCGUCAGAUAAGCGUGUACAAUGCCCAGAAGCUGGCUGCUCCUUUGAACACCGCCAGCCUGGAUGUAUCGCCCUCGAUUUUAAUACCCUUCUACGACGAAGAUAGCUCUACCUUGUUUGUCACCGGCAAGGGUGACUCCACCAUCUAUUGCUAUGAGAUUACCGACGAGGAGCCAUAUAUUUGCCCGCUGUCGCAUCAUCGCUGCACCUCGCUGCACCAGGGCCUCAGUUUCCUUACCAAGAACCAUUGCGAUGUGGCCAGCGUGGAGUUCUCCAAGGCCUAUCGCCUGACCAACACCACCAUUGAGCCGCUUAGCUUCACAGUGCCACGCAUUAAGAGCGAGCUCUUCCAAGACGAUCUGUUCCCACCCACGCGCAUCACCUGGAGCGCCACGCUGAGCGCCGAAGAUUGGUUUGCCAGCAAUGACAAGGCAGCGCCCAAGAUUAGCCUCAAGCCGGAGGGCAUGGAGACACUCUCCUCUAUACAGCAAGGCCCGGUGGCCGCCAAAAAGUCGGAACAUCAGUUUGGUGGCCAAAAGUCGGAUUACGAGAUCAACAAGCAACAGGAGAUACAAAAGUCUGUGAGCGCGCGCAUGGAGUUUACCACCAAGCUGGAGCAGGAUGACAUGGAGGGCGUGGAUGAGAACGAGUGGCAGGAGUAGCGUCAAGCGGGGGCAACCAGAGAGAUCAGUUCACAAUUUAGCGUAUAAAAAAAGAAAGAAAAAGAAAAGAAAAGAAUGAUAAACCAGAAGCAAUCCUAGACAUGACAAGGGCAGCAGACGACAUCAAGGACUCGAAAGCAAGCAAGCACACUCUCUAAGCACACACCAAAACACCCGGUACACAACCCAGAUCAACUCUUAAACCUUCUCCCGGUGCUCCUCCUUCUGGUCCUUUUCCUCCUCCUUCUCCUCCUCCUCCUCCUCCUCCUCCCCCCCUUCAACUGCAUUUGCUCAAUAAUUGCCAAACUAACAAUCGUAAGCAAAUCUUGUUUUUGUUUGAAUAUUUUACAAAUAUUUUACAUUUACAUUUUAACAUUUAACAUUUAUUAUUGUGUUUUCUAUAUAUUUUUUUUAUGUAUUUUUUGUGUUGAAAAACGUGCUAUUUAAGUAGUUAGUCGAAAAUCUAGUUUAGCCCAACUUACGCUUAGUUUUUCCCCCUAAAUUCUCUUUUCCAGUUUCGAUUCGUGGCCAUACAUAUAUAUAUAUAUAUAUAUAUAUAUAUAUAUAUAUUAUGAUAUAUAUUUUAAAUAAUGUGCGAAUGUGUGCGUGUGAGAGAGAGAGAGAGAGAAAAAGUGUAUGUGUGUCUGCCUGUUGCCUUCUCUUUCAUCUUCAUUUUUCCAACACAAAACUCUUCUAGUCUUGAACAUAGCUCGAUCCCUGAAAAACCCAACCAAAAACCCCCAUCAUUCCCUUACCGAAAAAAGCAAAAACACGAACAUAGACUGCGUAAAGACAAUUGUUUUCGAUAAUGUUUAAAUAUAAUAAUAGGUAAAUCAGUAAAUCAAACAUAAAAAGCCAAGAAUCAAACAGGAAGGAAAGCAAAACUAAACUGAUAAGAAUUCCAAGAAUACAACUAUAUAUUCCAAAAUGUAUAACGAAAAGACUUGAACAGCGGAUCCCCUGCUCUGCCAAUCCCAAAAGCCCAAAGCCCUCAUCUAAAACAAAGACAGAGAGAGGAUACUAUGUGUGUGUGUGUGAUGAGGAAAGGAUGCCACUCGAGUAGCGAGCACAAUGAUUACCAAUUACCCGUAGCGUUUUUUGUACUUGCAAUAGAAUAUAUAUGUACUUUUAUACACGA